GCAGGUUCGGGCGGACUCGGGAGCCGAGCAGGGGGGCACUGUUGUCAUUCGUCAGGGCUGCGUGUCGAGCUUUUGUCCAGGAGAAAUGGCUGGGAUUAAAGCUCUCAUCAGCCUGUCCUUUGGAGGGGCCGUCGGCCUCAUGUUCCUCAUGCUAGGAUGUGCCCUCCCAGUGUACGACAAAUACUGGCCUUUGUUCCUCCUCUUCUUCUACAUCCUCUCCCCCAUCCCUUACUGCAUCUCGCGGAGGGUGGUCGACGACACAGACUCGGCCAGUAACGCCUGCAAAGAGCUGGCCAUCUUCCUCACGACGGGCAUCGUCAUCUCAGCGUUUGGCCUGCCCAUCGUCUUCGCAAGAGCUGAAGUAAUCGCCUGGGGGGCGUGUGCGCUUGUGCUAACGGGUAACGUAGUCAUCUUCGGGACCAUCCUGGGCUUCUUCAUGGUCUUUGGAUCCAACGACGACUUCAGUUGGCAGCAGUGGUAAAGCAGCAGCGGGAGGGGGACCUUAGUCUGAACUGUUUUUAUUAGCGUUACAAUUAUUAUUAUGGUAUUACUGUUUGGUUCUUGUUGUUGUUAUUUAUAUGAUGACCGCCCAUCCAUAGACUCACACCAAACCAGUGCAAUACUUCUUUUCUUUUUUUGUUUUGUACCGCCUGCAUCAUAUUGAACUGACACAAGUGGGAAGGAAAAUGCUGACUUUCAGUUGGACUUUUACUCAUUUUAGUUCUUCUGUGUUUGUGAGUUUUUCUCCAUUUGUGUGUUUCAUUUUGAGCAUCAUAAGCUAACGAGCGCUGGUGAACAACUGCUUGUUUUAUCUGUGAAAAAAAAAAGAAUCAAAUUGAAUGUCGAAUACGACUGAAUCUGAACAAAAGGACGGGGUCGUACCUGUCUGGGCUCCUUUCUCUAUUUAAUAGACACACUGACAGUACAGACGGGUGUGCGUUUCCAGUCAGAGUGCUGAGUUCAGUGUAAAUCAGCAGAAAGCAGAUAGAAAAUCUGCACAACACAAGCUCAGAUUUCACCAGUCAGGAUGAGGAAAAUCUCCAUUUCCUUUUGGCACGAGUCUCAGUAGACUGAAACUGUGACUAUCUUUUCAGCCUGUUCUCAUCCCCAGGUAGUCAAAUACCAACAAUUUGAAACCAAAGGUACCUUUUCUAGGCUUUUAACCAACUCCAGUUUAAACUCUUCUGAUGCUGAGAGUCACUGACGUCGUAUAAUGAGAAAAAUGUCUGUGCGGGGUGAGAGGUGAAAUAGAUGGGUCAAACAAAACAAGUAUUUUACCCAGGAGACCACAGGUCCUGUCUCAUGUGAAACCAAAUGACAGUGUUGUUAUAAUGUAAUGUUACGUAACGUGCGCACCUACAUCUCGUGUAAAACCAAAAGUCAAUGCCAUUUUAAUUUUUUACGCAUGGCCGUCCCCAACAACGUCACUUGUGUGUUGAAUUUGAAACUUGUGUGUCAUGUAACGUUAUUUUUACAUAACCAGUGUGCUUAUUUAAACCAAAACAUGGUCAUUUUUCUAAACCUAACCAAGUAGUUUUGUUGCCUUGGACCCAAUCCCAGUACGCCCCUUGCCUUCACCACUUAAUGCUCACUACUCCGAUUUACUCCUUCGCACGUCUAGGGGUAAGAUGUCCUGAUUGUUGUUGGAAUCGAGGGAUAGGGUAAAGUAUUCGGGCUACAUAGCUCUCCAAAUUUAGUUUUUUUUUAGUAGGCAAGAUGGCUGCAUGGGCAACUAUAGAAACCCACUAAUUAAUUUUCUCCAUUAACAUUACAAUAACCAUUGUAUUAUCGUUUUACUGAUUGUGGUUGCUUUAUUACAAGCAUAACAAAAGAAACUGCCAGUGUGCUGAUGUCUCGCUAGCUAACUAGCUAGCUAGCUAGCAUGACAGUCCCACAUUUUGACACACUUCAUGAUGCAUUCCCCUCUUUUUAUGGCACAUGACGCCUGAAAUUUAACUGAAGUCCAGCAGCGAGGUUACUGCACUUGUUAUUGCUCCUCUAAUACCAGUACAGACUGACAGGGUAGGAGCACAGGCUGCUAACGUUAGCUUACAGAGCAACGCUAGUGGCCUGGUAAUGAAGCAGUGUUCUUUUUUUAUUUGAUGUUUGAUCGAUUAAUUGCUGGAAAACAUACAGUGUGAAAGAAUUGCGAGCAUCCUGACGACCACAGAAGGCUGCCUGUAGCCCAUGUAAGAGAAGUCACCACAGCAGAAGAUGGCAUAUUUGCAUUCACAUAAAUGCCAGCUUCGACAGCUACCGAUGACGUGUCAGGGUCUAGAAGUUUGUCCCUUUUCACAGGGAAAUAAUUUAACCACUACCCCUUGUGAUUUUGUUCCGAGGGGCAGGGUGGCACUUAAAAAACGGAGGGUUGGCGUAAAAGUAUGAUAAGGGAUUGGGCCUAACUCUAACCAUUUCACAACAUUAACCACAACGCAGUGUGUUCCAGAUGUGUGUCAUAUAGAGACGCUAAAGGCUGCCCUGUGCGUCGCUAUGAGACGCCUUUUUUAACAACCUGGGAAUAAGAAUGAGUUGAUUUUUUCUCACAGUUAAAGGUGAAAACUGAGCUGCUAGCGUGCAGAAUUUUCAUUAGCUUUCUGCUAAUGUGAUGCUACUGUCGCUAAGAUGUGACAGUCACAAAGAUCAGUGAGUGUUUGUGAAAGAGCUGGGCUGUUACUGUCACCACUCAUCUUCUAAACCCUGUUACAUGUGUUAGUGUAAAUCAGUCCAGCAGUCUUUCUCUCUUUCUGUCUGAGAACAUGUUGGAUAGAAGUGUUUUCACUUUAACAUGUUUUCCCUUUGAUUUUGUUUUAUGUCUGCAAUCCAAACGUAUCAUAAAGAGACGAUGUUCAGGAGCAGCAGAGUGUUUGUUUCCUCUGAACUUAGAGGACAGGAUUCAUUUAAACACCCUCACCAUCACCACAGAGAUCAAAUUAAACUGACUUGGUGAUUUCCCAGGUGCCAACAGGAUGCAGGCUGCUUAUUCACCGUGUCAUUUUGCAUACGAUAGCUGUUACCUCACUCUGUGUAUGGGUAAGCCUCGCCCGUGUCAGGUCAAGAAAGCAUGAAAAGCCUUUAGUAGCCGCCAGCUAGCGUAGGAUUAGCUCGAGGACAGCAGCCUUGUUGGAAACUGAGCCAAGCUAAGAACCGGCCGACUUAUACCCGAGGCCCGAGCAGUCACUGACAGCUCUUAAGCUUUUAAAUGUGACUCCUUCAAAGUAAAAGCAUCCAGCGUCAGUCUGUGCUCAGUGUUACUGUCGUAUUUCUCUCUAGAAGCACAUUAGGUCCAGAUUUGGCGCAACGUGCCGUCACAUUUCCUCACACCAGCAUUUUCAUGAUAAAAGUUAUGUUGUCUUAUUUGAAGUGUUUCUGUGUGAAGGAAAUCUGUACUUUAGGUUGUGUAAUCUGUUGGCAGCUUGUAGGCUGCAGUCAGUCAGGUGCAGCUCUCCUGUUCGCUGUGUAACUGCAUUAGUGGGAGCUAAACGAGGAGUUCAGCAUCUGCUGCCUCGCUGAAGCGCCGAUGUGUUGAGUGGAGGGUCGAACAUUUCCUUUAGACGUCUGUCUUUUUUUUUGUUGGGGGGGUUUGUUUCUGUGGAUGGUUCAGUUUGAAUAUGUGCUCUCUGGAAGAUACAACAAUGUGAUUUUUAAUGAGGACUAAUGUUGAUUUGUUUUCAUUGUGUCCCAUAAUUUCAAAACCUAAAUGAAUUCUUUAGCUUUGUGUCGUAGGUCGGCCCAGAACGUACUUUUACCACGGGUUUCCAGACGCAGCAGAUUUCCAAUGAAAGUGUAAGACACACUGUUUGUCCCACAGGAUUAUUUCCACUUUCAGAAUCCUUCUUUAAAACCACAGAAUAAAUAAAACUUGCAUUAAAGGAAUAGUUCAAAAUUUAAGCCCCAGCUGGUCCAGGAGCUUCUCCUCCCUGAUGGACGUUUCCAGGCAUAUUUUAGGAUGACUCAGGGGCAGUUUGACAACCUCCCGUCUAUCAUCGGGCCGUAUAGCUCUGUGUGUCCAGCAACAGCUACCACCAGUUUCUUCUCCAUUGUUUACCAACACUAAACUUGUUGUUUUGUCCACCACAGAAGACCCGCCUCUCAAAUCAACCGACUGGACAAUUAGAAAAGCACUCUCGCAAAACUCCUAGAGCGCAGAAACACGAGGCGCAUCACAACACAAACACAGCGAGCAAAAAACUUCAUUCUUAUUGAAAACAAUUACAAAAAGCCGCCUCCAGCUGCUAAAACGCUUUCUGUGUAAUCAGGGCCUUGUUUGCUCUUCUGUCAAGAGUCAGGAGAAGAGAAGAUUAACUGUCUUCAUAUCACAACCAAAAACAAAAAAUGAGUUUGGUUUAGUUGUGCGGGGGAUUGCUACGACUAGCAAACUCAAAGGGAACUACGAUGACUAGUCAAAGUUGCGGAAAAGUUGCGAUGAUUAAACAAAAGUGAAAAGUCACGCAGAACUCCUGCAGAUUGGUUGAAUUUGCAUUAAUUGUUGUGAUCGUAAUUUUUCACCAUAAAUAAACCACAAUUUGUCAUUUUUACAUCUCUGUGCAACACAUUCUCACUCUGACCUCGUCACAUAUCGACAUUUGGUCAUGGACCUUCCACGACCAGAUACCACGUGCAAGGUACCCUGGGUGUGUUGGUUGUUGACGUUCUGGGACGCCGUGUCAACUUCAGCCUGUUACAUGCAUUGUCUGUUUUCAAAAUGCACUUCUGUUUUCACAGGAAAUUUAUCGUUUACAUACAGUCUCUUUCAAAAUAAAAGCACUACGUCAGGACAACAAUGCAAAUUGACGUUUUUUGUUGUUUUUUUUUUCCAUCCAACAAUAAACGCACGUGGUUGGGUUUAUAAUCUUACGAGACACAAACACUGCUCUCACAGGUGAAAGUCUGUGUUAGUUGGACCCAUCCACCACCCCUCUUGUCCGCCCCACUUGGGCUUUCACUGCCUUAACUUUCGUUAUUGUCCCACAGCGUUUCCCCUGACACUGCUGAGCGUAGUUAAACUAUAACGGCUGCGUAUCAUGCCGCUGUUAAAGGAUGGAUUCCUUCGUCAGUGUCACCACAAGUCACUGCCCAAGCGCCGGAUUUCGACGACUUUGGAGUGUUGAUGGGUGUUUCAUAAUCUGGGAUAGCUGUUUUGCUUCCAGUCUCGAUGCUAAGCUAAUCACCUCCUGGUCCAUACUUGAUGCACAGACAUGAGCGACAGUUAUUUCCUCUAUAAAUUAAAAAAAACAAUGGGAAGUAGAAAGUGUUGGAAGUCUGCUGAGGAAACCCGUACCUAAAAAUACUGACGUCUGGGUUUUAUCACUACAAAUAGGCAUUAACACUUCUUCACACUCAGCUGUGAUAUUUAUUUAUCGUCUGUUACGUGGCUCUUCCAGAGAUCACAUCCUCAGUGAAGGCACUGAUUGUAUUAAAAGCACCAUAAUGAUGGCAGCUUUUUAGUUCCAUUUGAAAAAUGUAUUUAACUAAGUUACUGAAUAUUGAAAACUACUGACAUGAUUUGUGCAUAUUGUUCUGUAACACUACUUUGAAUCUAACCGAACAUGCUCUGAGCAGAACAUUUACACACUGGUGGUUGUCUGUAUGAGCCAGUCUGUGGUUGGACGAGCAGGGUAACUCCACAUUGUGUUCCUGAGGAGUGAACGUCUGUGUGACACGACAUGAAUUUUAAGCUCAAUUUGUCAAAUGUUCUCUGUUUUGUAGUCUGACGUUCAAACUCCCUGAUGUGACAGGAGCUGGUGUGUAGCUGUGGGAUGGGUUUCUCUGUGUUUCUGUUCCAAGAGAAAUGUAAACGCUUUGUUUCGCACAGAUUUGGGAGGAUAUUGUAUUUAUUUAAUUUAUCGGACGCUUGGUGUCGAUGUCCAACGCCAUUUUCUAUCUACAACUUUUCUGUUAAAGAGGCAGAAGUCAGCAUGGUGGUUUUCUUUUCUUUUUUUUAAAUAAACGCCAUUUUUGAACAUCC